CUUCUGCUGGACGCCAGACGCUGCUGAUAUCGGGCGCGCGGGCGCACCCAUUCUCCUACGUCAGGCUUCUCCUGGCUCCAUUUGACCUGUUGAGCAUUAAGACUUUACAGGCCAAGGAGCGUGGAGCUGCGGAAGCUGCCUGUCUUCGUGUUGUCCUGCGUUUUGCACUCUGGAGUUUGACAUUACAGGAGAAUUCUCAAAGCAGUGAAAAGGUCUGACGGAGGAAUGUUCUGAACAGUUUGUGGACAGAUCUGAAGAAGAGGAAGUGCUGAUCAGUGCUGCAGAAGGUAUUCUGGAAGAAGACAAUGGAUUCGCCUGGUGCAGAUUUGGAUGAUCGAUCGGAGACAGGCUCUCAAGCAGGGUCCUUGAAUGGUCACUCCAGUCAGAGUAACAGCAAUGUUCAGGUUGUUGUUCGAGUCAGGCCCCCCAAUGAUCGCGAGAAGGAGCAAGGGUACACAAAGACUGUCAGCGUCGAUCCAUCUGAGACAUGUCUCUUCCUCAAAGAGAAGGCCCAAUCACGUCCAUUCACCUUUGAUUAUGUUGCUGACGAAGCCACAACUCAGGACACCAUGUUUCAGAGGAUCGGGAGACCAAUCGCCGAGUCAUGUCUACAAGGAUACCACUGCUGUCUACUGGCAUAUGGUCAAACAGGAGCAGGCAAGACUUUCACAAUGGAAGGGCCAACGUCUGACUACGCGGAAGUCAGCAACGUGACGCAAGGAUUGAAUCGAUCUCCGAACCCCUCAAGUUCUGAGCUCAGAGGUCUCAUUCCCAGAGUGCUCGACUACAUCUUUACCAAGACCGCCCAGGAGAAGGAGAUGAAUGGUGGUGCUCUGGAUUACGCAAUCAAGUGCUCCUAUCUACAAAUCUACAACGAGAAUGUUAGCGAUCUUCUGGAUCCCGAGCAAACGAACCUCACCAUUCGAGAAGACGUCAAACGGGGGCACUAUGUCGAAGGCCUCCAGGAAGUUGUUGUUCCGAACGCGGAAGCCUGCUAUGGGACGCUGCGAAGAGGGUCUGCCAACCGGCAUGUUGGCAUGACUGCAAUGAAUGCUGAGAGCAGCAGAAGCCACGCAGUGUUCACUGUUGUGGUCGAGUCGCAGAGACGAGGGGAGAAAGGGAUGAUGACAAAACGCAUCAGUCGCUUCUACCUUGUGGACCUUGCGGGGAGCGAGAGGCAGAAGCAUUCAGAGGCCAUGGGGGUCAGGUUGAAAGAAGCUGGCGGCAUCAACAAAUCGUUGUCUGCACUCGGCAAUGUCAUCAAGGCCCUGGUGGAUACUGGGGAGGGAAAGAUUCGGCACGUGCCUUAUCGGGACUCCAAGUUGACCUUCCUGCUGAAGGAUGCAUUGGGAGGGAAUUCAAAAUGCAGCCUGGUUGCCAACAUCAGCCCUGCCGAGAAGAACGUGGAGGAGACACUGUCCACCCUCAAGUUUGCGCAACGUGCCAAGAUGAUGCGUAACACGGCCACCGUCAACGAGGACUGCUUCGGGAACCCUGCCACGAUGGGGGAAGAGAUCAAGAGGCUCCGCUUAGAGAUUGCUGUGCUCAAAGCAAACAUGGGGAGCCCCACCUCCGUGGAACUCAGCGCUGCGCCUCCGCCCAUGGACGAGGCUGAAGCGUCGCAAGCUGCGCGGCUCACCUACAUCAUCCAGCAAUCGUCCAAACGGCACCUCUGGCUUGAGCGCAAAAACCAGCAGGAGUUGGACAAGCUGACCGCGCAGCUGGAUGCCGAGAGAGCCGUCAAUGAGCGCCUGCACACAGCCAUUCAGGCACACAAGAUGAUCAUCAAGCUCCGAGAGGCCAACAUCAAGCGGUUGGAGACGGGUCGUCCACGAACGGAUGCCGAGCUGGCGCAGGAUGUGAGAGAGGAGAUGGAGAGCUUGCGGCGGCAGGUGGACUUCCACCCUGACGCUGUGAAGUUCUCAAUGGAAGUGGACAUGCUAAAAGCGCAAGUGGAGGAGCUCAUGAGCGAGCGGGACGACGACGAGGACGUUACUGCGCGGCUGGAGCAGACUGAGGCUCUGUACAAGACUGUUUCGAGCGAACUGGAGAGCACGCUUGUCCAAGCGAACAAGCUGAAGACGGAGCUGGCUGCUGCCAAGCAGGAGGAGGAGGUUGCCAAGCAGGAGCAGCAGGCUUUCAGAGAGAAAAUUGCUGCCAUGGAGGAGCAGGCCAGGAAACAGCAGGAGCUGAUGGACGUGGUCAUCGCCGAAGGGGUAACCAAGGACAGCAAGAUCGAGAAGCUGGAGCGGGCCCUCGCCAAGCUGGAGCCGACGUACAAGGAGACCGCAGCUCAGCUGGAAGAGGAACGUCACCAGAAGGACGUGCUGGAGGUUCAAAUGCUGGACGCCAACGAACGCGUGAAGAACGCGCAAAAGGCGGCUGACAAGUACAGCAACGCCUUCAAAGAGCAGAGCAAGUUACAGGAGGACCUAUUCGCCGAGCUACAAGCCACGAGCAACGAUAAGGACGCUGCCCAGAAGGCGCUAGAGGAGGUGACCGCUAAGCUGGGCACCGUCAACGCUCUGGAGGCGCAGCUGGCGGACCUGCAGGCAGGGAAGGCCGAGCUGGAGGCGAAGCUCCAGGCUUUGGUUGCUGAGAAGGACGAGGGCAGCCGGCUCCUCCAGGUGGCUCAGCAGGCAUCAGCGGAUCUUCGAACGACGAUAAGCGACCUCCAAGACCAGCUGAACGCCAUCAACGAACAGCAUCUCGCUGCAGUCCAAGAGAAGAACGAGGCUGCACGCGCUCGGUCGGCGGCUGAAAGCGAGGUCGUGGCUCUCACUGAUUCCCGUACAGACCUGCAGAAGCAGUUUGACAGCGUUAACGAGCAGCUGAACACAGUCAACGAGCAGCUUCUGAUGUCGACCCAGGAGAAGAACGAACUAGCGCGUGCGCGUGCGUCUGUGGACGGUCGGAUGGCUGAGCUUGUCGCGUCGGAGGCAGAGGCGAAGCAGCAACUCGAGGGCGUCGCGGGACAGCUGUCGGAGGCGUCGAACGAACGGAACGGCCUUGCAGAAACGGUCUCGAGGAUCCAGGCGGAGAAGGACAGUCUAGAGAAGCGGUUUGAGCAAUUAGCUGCGGAGAAAGCAGACGGGGAGUCGCAACUGGGCGCGGAGAUCAGCCAGCUACAUGCUAAGGUUGAGGGGCUGGACCUGAAGGCGGACGAGCUCGAGAAGAAGCUAGGCAACCAGAAGGAGCGGCUCGGGGAGUUGGGUGCGGAGAAAGAGGCCUCAGAGAAGAAGGUGGCGGAGUUGCUGAGCGCUGCGGAGGAGAAGGAGGCAGCCUUGACGAAACUUCAAGCGCAGGUCGUACAAUUGGAAGACGACCUGGGCAAGAUGACCAAGGAGAAGGACACCCUAGCGGACCAGUUUGCGCAGGAGUGGGGCAAGGCGGAGGCUGCCGAAGCCCGUUUCAAUCAGGCAAAGACCGACGCGGAGAGCAUCAAGGUGGAGCUGGACCUCGCACGCAAAGACAAGGCGGCUGCCGACGAGUUCCUGUCGCUGCUCAUGAACGAGAAGCAGCAGCUCAAGGAAGCCCACGACUCGCACCUCGAGGAGAGAGGCACGCUGGAGCAGACGCUGAACGAGCGGGAGAAGCUCGUGCACGAGAAGGACACUCUGCUGGUCCAGCUGGGUGAGCGCGCUGCAGCUCUCGUGAAGGAGAAAGAGGGGUUGGAUGCGGCGCUCAAGGCGGCUGCAGCGGAGGCAGAGGCAACUGCCUUGAAGCUGCGAGCUGUGGAGUCGAUGCUGCAGAAAGCCGAGGACGGGCGCUUGACGGCAGAGGGCGCUCUGGAGGAGGCUUCAAAGGAGGUGCAGGCGGUCAAGGACGAGAUGGAGGGCCUGAAGCGAGAGCUCAACAACGCGAAGUCGGAAGCUACGAAGCUGAUCCACAGGGUGAACGGCCUCGAGGAUGAUACUAUCCACCUUCAGACAAGCCUGGCCGACGAGAAGGACGCAAAAGCAGCAGCUGAGCAAUUGGUGCAGGAGCGGAAUGAGCAGAUCACAGCCCUGUCACUAGCCGAGAAAAACCUCCUCACCAGCCUCACGGCGUCGGAAGCGGAACUCGCAGCCAAGUCGGCCGAGGCGAGCGCGCUCUCAGCCCAAGUAGCGAGUCUCGAGACGGAACUCACCAAAGCGGUGGACGAUGCGCGGGAGAAAGGCGCCGCGGUCGCACGGUUGGAGGGACAGCUGGCAGCGGUCGAGGGCGAGCAGCGGGCGCUCCUCGAGCGCGCGCAGGAGGCGACGGUGCGGGCGGCGCAGCUCGAGAAGGAGUUUGCGAGGAUGGAGGAGGAGAAGCGGGGCCUCGCGGAACAGCUGGCCGAGGCCCAGGGGCAUGUGGGCAGGGUCGAGGCGGAGGCUGCUGAGCUGACCGCCAGGAUUGAGGUGCUCGAGGCAGCCAAGUCGGACCUUCUCGUAAGGGUGGCGGCCGCGGAGUCCGCUCUGGACGCAGCGCAUUCCGAAGCAGCGGAGCUGCUAGAGGCCGAAAAGGAUGCGCUCUUGGCGGAGCAUCAGAAGGCCCUCUCCACUCUUCAGAACGCCCUCCGGACAACGGAUGCCCUCGCUUCGGAGCAGGCCACAGCUAUCGAGAAAAUCGAAGAAACGGUCAGGGCACUGGAGGAGGAGAGGGACGCGAUCGCUGCUGAGCAUGCGGCUGCAAUGAAAGCGGCGGGGGAGGAAAGAGUCGCUAUUGUAGAAGAGCACGGCGCGGCGGUGGCUGCGCUCGAGGAGCGCCUGCGCGCAGCCAAGAAGGAGCGGGAGGCGCUCGUUUCGACGCACGCGGCGGCCGUCGCUGCUCUGGAAGAGGCGGUCAACAAUGCGGCGAAAGAGAAAGAGGCGCUCGUUUUGGACCACGCAGCUGCGGUUGCCUCGCUGGAAGAAGCGCUCGACGACGCGGCGAAGCAGAAAGAGGCGCUGGUUUUCGACCAUGCCGCAGAGGUUGCUGCACUGGAGAACGCCGUAACGACGGCGGAGGAAGGAGGUAAAGCGGCAGUGGCCGCGGCCCUUGAGAAGCAAGAGCGAGAGUGCGCCGCGAAUCUGGGCACCCUCCGGAAGCAGAUGGAAGAGAAGGUGCGCGAGUGCGAAGGGGCCGUUGCGGAGAAGGAGCGGCUGCUGGAGAAGGUGGAGUCGCUCAAGGGCGACAGCAUGAAGCUGAUCGAUGAGAUCGUGAGCCGCGUGGCUGCACUGACGUCAGAAAAGGAGGCGCUGAUGGAGGAACACGCGGCAGUGGUGAGCGGAUAUGAGGAGCGGUUAGUGGAGGCGGAGAAGGAGCUGUCAGAGUUGGAGCGUCGGCUGGACGACGAGACCGUGCGGGCGAAAGCGAGCCAGCGGUUGGCUGACGCAGCGUCUGACGCGGUGGCCAUGCUCGAGACGAAGACAGGGGAGCUGCGGGAAGAGCUGACGUCAGAGAGGGCGCAGCUUGAGGCGGCCAGGGCGGGAAGCCAGGAGAGCCAAGCAGAGCUCGUGGAGAAGGCGGGCGACAUCGCGGGCCUGGAGGGGCGCCUGGCGGACGCGAGAGCAACCGAAGCGGCGCUUCGGGCCGAAGUCGAAGCGUCACAAACCGCCCAGAAGGAGGCGCAAUCGGAUCUCGCCAAGACGAGGGCAGCGAUGGAAUACAAGCUUGGGGAAGCGGAAAAGUGGGCGGAAAUACAGCGCGCCGAGCUGGACGACCGUCAGAACGCAGCCGUAAUGCUCCUCACAGCUCUGGAAGAGAAGGAGCGGGCGCUCGGGGAGGUAACUCGGUCGCUCGCAGCGGCGGAGGCCGAGGCUGUCGCUCUUCGGGAGGAGCGCGAGCGGUGGAACGCUGAGAUUGCGGUGCUGGAGGGGUCGCUGUUGGCUUUCGAGGAGCAGAUUGAGGGCCUGCAGAAGGAGAAGGCGGUGGCCCUGGACGAGCGCGCGAGGGCGAGGCGCGAGGUCGCGCGGCUUAAGGGCGAUCUCGAGGCCGCGAAGGCCAGCCUGGAGGUCGCCGAAGAGGGCGAGGCGGACGAGGCGAGGACUCCGAUCGGGGAGAAGCCGUCCGAGGUGCUGAAGAGGCACAUUAAGAGCGGCGGCAAAAAGGCUGAGCGCAGCAUGAUGUCGCCUGGUGCUGACGUUAGCACCGCGAUCCCCCUGGAUACGCCUUCCCCGAAGUCGGCUGCGGGGGAGGAGACGCAGUCUUACUCUCUGAACGGCGCAGCUCGCGCCCAACCCGGGGACAUGGCAGCAUCUGCCCGCCUCAAGAAGAUUGUGGCGGCAAGGGCGGCCUCAGCACCCCAGCGUCAGCCACUUGGGUCGCUGCAGACUAACAAUGUGGACUCCAAGCGGAGUGGCGAGUCGCCAGUACAGAAAGUGCGCUACAGCUUGCGCAGCCGGUUGAAGCCGGACGAGACAUCGCCGGCAGCCGAAGAGCUAACCUCAAAACGUAGUAGACUCGCAUGAACGUUUGAUAGAAGGUGAUGCGCUGCGGGUCUCCAGGUCGUUCCCUGUAACUUGUAGUCGCUUGGAGGUCAGAGCUCGUCAUAGACUGUUCAUUUGAAAAGGUGUGGAAUCGUACACUGGUAUGAUCGACCACUUCUUGGGCAAGUCAGACUCUCGGUCAUUUUGAUCUCUCCCAACUUGCGCUGAGAUUCUUUCUGAAACGUUCUUAUGGUGCAAACCAAAGAGCCUCCUGUAGCAUACGGGCAACAAUGUGAUCGCGAAAACCGUCGCAGGAGCUAGCAUGUUUGAUCGCAACCGCCGUGCGACAGUUGAUGGAGCAUUCUUCUCUGAUUGCGAGACGGUGAUUGC